CCUGUCCAGUCACGUAGAGCUCCUGGUCUUUCAUCUCUACAGUCUAAUACAACAGAAAGGCAUCUUUCAGGUAACAAAAAACUCUAAAGUGUUGUGUUUUUAAGUUGUGUUUGGUUGUAAUGAGAUCAGUGAAGAACAGCUUUUUAUUUUUGCAGAAUACAUCUUAGCUUUUGAUUUUCAAGUAGUCAACGACUUGCUUUUGUAUAAACGUUGACUCCAGUGUUAUAAAACUUAAUCAGGUUCCUUUUGCCUUACUGAGUAGACAGACAUCUCUUAUGUGUUAAGGUUGACCUAUGUACUCCUUCAGGAGAAUGCACCUCAGAAUAUGGAGGAAGAAACAUGUUUAUUACAUUCACACAGACUCACACACAACAAUACACACAACUCUGUUCUUAAUUUUGUAACUGUGGAAAUAGUUUGGGAAGUAUUUUAUUUCCAAAGAGAGGCAUUUUCAAGGCUAUUCAUAAAUCUUGUGUAAAUAACAAUAGUGAGGUAAAUCACAGUGACGCAGCAGUGACAAUCACCUGAGUCUGAAGGGGUACUUGUUUCUGUGAAAAUGGUCCAAACCAGUAGGACCCUGUCUCAACUUUCAUUGUGUGUUAUAUUCACAAUUGCCACUGUAACCAAAUACAAAAUUAAACAAAAAGUAAGUUAAAAACCAAAAUGUCUGUUCCAGCGAACAUAAAAAAAAAUCUUCGAUGUAAUGUUAAGUCUUUUGUGUGAUUUGGUGCUUAUCAAAUUAAUUAAUGAAUAAUCCAAAAAGUAGCGAUAUUAAUGCUAAAAAAAAAAAACAAGAAAAGAAAGAAAAAUAUUUCCUCCAAACAAAGCUUCUAAAUUUUAAAUGCGCAAAUCAGUCCGUGCAUGAUUACAUUGCUCCGCCCAUCAAAAAGUCGACUGCGCGAUAUCGCCUCAUUUAUUGGAAUGACGCAUGUCGGUUGAAAACAUUUACAUAUCGGCCAACCAUACUGUCUGUCUCACUGCCUUUAUCAAGAUUUUGGUGGAUGAGUAUAAUAAAGUUUCUGGCCACACUCUUUACUCCCUCAUCUAAAACUGGAUGCUGGCCUUACAGAAAGAAGGCAGACACAAGUUGGAAUAUAAUUAAGGACAUUUAGACAUCUAAUGUAUUUGGGUAUGCAAAAUGAGGUACUUUUACUGUUUUCAUUGUACAUUUGCAGCUUGGUCCAGAAACUGAACUCCUGGUCAGUUACUAGGACCAUACUGCCAAAUUCACCUGCUUCUUGGAAGAUUUUCUUUCCUUCCCUGCUAACCCCGAAGUAGCUGUGACACACUUCCUUUCUUCAUUUUUUCAGUGGAAAUACAUUUUAAAACAAUGAUCUUUGCCAAUUUGCAGAGGACACUUCAUAUUCUGAUUAAACAUUCAUUUAUGGUCACAUUUUGCACCAGUGGUGAUAAAAGGAGCUGUCUCUCAUCAGUGGUCCCUCCCCUUGCUUUUUCCUCCUUAGCACAUAACCUUGUAUAACCAGCUCCAUUCUCUGCUUUCAUUUUUAUUCUUUCUCCUGUCCUGUCACGUAGAGUGUGUUUCUCUUAAACUGUUGGGCUACAGCGUAAUACCACAGAAGGAAACUUUCAGGCAUUUGGGUGUAAUAAGAUUAAACCUGAUGUGUUAACAACUUCCUCUUUCUGCAUCCUAACCUUAUUCAUCAGUCUACAGAGGGUAAAUCCUCUACACUAUGUCAUCUAACCAAUCAUUCAAAAACCAACAUGAAGAAGCCUACGCCUCCCUGAUGAGAGGCCUGAAGGAGCUGGACCUACAGAUAUCCUAUGUUCCCAGUGACCUGGUCCUGAUCGGAGACCAUGCCUUUCCUUUAGCAAUGAACAGCCGAGGUCAGGUGCUGAUGGCUGCCUCUCUGUACGGCAGUGGAAGGAUUGUGGUCCUGGGUCAUGAGGGCUACUUGACAGCCUUUCCUGCUCUGGUAGAAAAUGCUCUGACCUGGCUGAGAGGUGAUGGCUCUGAUAACCUCUCUGUAAGGGUGCACAGAAAAGUCAGUGCAGUUGCUAAUAGCCUCCAAAAAUCCAGCUUCCAAGUAGAAGUUGUGGGAGCCUUCAGUGACAACCUGGGAGUUGGUGUUUAUGUGACCGAUCCCUACAGCGUGGGCUCAGACCCAAAGGAGCUGGUGGCGUUUCUGAAAGCUGGAGGAGGGGUGCUGAUAGCUGGACAGGCGUGGCAUUGGGCUGCAGAUCACCCCAAAGAGAACGCACUGCAUCAGUUUGAUGGGAAUAAAGUGGCAGGAGUGGCAGGAAUCUACUUCACUGAGCGUUAUGGUGAGGCGGAGAACCUGCCCGUCUACCCUCAGAUCCCGUCCUCCUGGAAGUCGUUAGCGACAGGCAGGGAUUUCAAGGAUGACUUGGGGUUCUUACUCCAGGGGGUUUCAGAAUUCAACCUCCCCUCUGAGUAUCUGUGUUCUGAGGUUCUAGUCCACAGCCCACUAGCCUUGCCCAUCGGCACUACAGAGGAUGGACGACCAUUCCUGGCAGGAGCCUACUAUGGGCGAGGACGGGUCAUUGUGGUUACACAUGAAGGAUGUCUUGGAGUUGAGAGUAUGGCUCCAUUUUGGAGAAACGCCAUUCACUGGUUGGAUGAAGGGCGCAGAGGGGUUGUUGGUGUCAUGGUGGAUCCUGCACUCAAAGUUCUGAGUGAGUCUGGGCUGAAGUGCGAGAAGACAAACUUCAGGAAAGACCUCAGCGUGUUUGUGUGUAAAGCGUAUAUCACUGAGCAUUUGGAGGAAAUCCAAAACUUUGUGGCAGAGGGAGGAGGCCUGCUGAUUGGAGGACAUGCCUGGUACUGGGCACAGACACAUGCUGGGCAAAAUGUACUAACAGAUUUCUCAGGGAACAAGAUCCUGAACCAAAUGGGAUUGAGCCUUUUGGGAGCAAAAAUCCGUGCAGGAACAUACAAAGCCGCUGUACCCAGCUGGCCAAUUAAAGAUACUUACCACUUCCGCCACCUUCUACACCGCUUCGCUGCCCAUGUGACUACAGGUGUAGAACUUAGUAAGCAUGAGGAGGGAUGUCUUAAAAAGCUGGGCAACGACUGUGAUGCUUACUUGCGCACAAAGGCACGUGGCUGCUUCUAUUACACUCAAGUGUUGGCUGCACUCACUGACAUGUUAAAGAGGUCAGGCCUGCCACAGGUGAGUAACAGCUGCCCUGCAAAGACGCCAAAAGACCAUCUACUCCUCAGUGUGGGAUCACCUGUAUAUGAGUUUUGCCUAAAUCCUGAGGCCCUCCUGCCCUACCUCAUCAAGGAUAGGCCACUGAUGCCAGACGUCUAUAACCACAGGCUCAAGAUCGAUGUUACCACAGCAGAUGGGGAAGAGUGGAUCAGCACUGGUCUCUACCUCUCUCCUGGUAUGAGUACCUACAUGGUGAUGCCAACUGAGAUUAUCAACAAGGAGUGGAAGAUUCAGAUAGGCUGUCAAACUGAUGACCUACACAGAAAGGAUGAGCUGAAGAGACCACCACGUGUUCAUGAGCGAUUUCCUGUUACAUCAGAGAUGAUGCAUGUGUCCAACCUGUGGGGGGGGCUCAUCUACCUGGUGGCCCCACCCAACACACAAGUGAAGGGGUUGGAGAUCAUAGUGCAGAAAGCUGUAACUGUUCCAUAUUACAAGUCUGGUGCAACAACUGCAGCUGAAUGGUUAACGCUGCGCACGGCUCCUGGGCCCUGGACAGAGUUGGAGUUUGAAAACAUCGUCCUCACCGUACCAUCACAUGUUGUUCGGGGUCUGGAGCACCCCGAGGAGGUGGCCGCUCUCUGGGAUGAAAUCAUGAGGGCCAUUGCGGAUCUGGCUGCCAAAUCACACAAAUUUCCCCACAAGGAGCGCUUUGUGACAGAUGUGCAGAUUUCUGCUGGCUGGAUGCAUUCAGGUUAUCCCAUCAUGGCACACCAUGCCUCAGCUGCUGAAGUAGUUGAUGUUAAAAAAGGUAAAGAACUGUGGGGUCCCAUCCAUGAACUUGGACACAACCAACAGAGAAGCUGCUGGGAGUUCCGACCACACACCACAGAGUGUACAUGCAACCUGUGGUCAGUGUAUGUGAAUGAAGAGGUGCUGGGCAUCAACAGAGCACAGGCUCAUGGUGAUUUGACUUUAGCUAAACGAAAGAGUCGAGUAGAGGAGUACAUCAAGGGAGGAAGGAAACUCAGUGACUGGAGUGUGUGGGUUGCCCUGGAAACAUAUCUGCAGCUCCAGGAAAAGUUUGGCUGGGAUGCCUUUAAGAAGGUUUUUGCUGCGUACCACCACAUGAGAGACUUUCCUGAUGACAAUGACACAAAGAUGAACCUGUAUGCUGAGACUUUCUCGCAGACUGUGGGGAUGAACCUGACCGGCUUCUUCAAGGCCUGGGGCUGGCCCAUCAAAACAGCCACUGAGAGGAAACUGUCCCAGCUGCCUUAUUGGAAUGAUCACCCCAUGACCCAGUACAGAUGAACUAAACACGACUGCGAAAUAAAGAAAUGUAACGAGUGAAACUUUAGUUCAUUAAACGCUUUAUAUUAAUCUUUUUAUAACAUUUAUUGCAUGCAGAGGAACGUUGUAGCUUUUUUCACAGUAUUUGCACUGAUCAUUUGCUCCAAAUUAGUACCCCUCCAAUUUAACUAGAUUUCUUUGAGUAAACUUGGACAUUAACAUGUCCUCUGUGCUUAUUUUUAUAUCUGGGAUUGUAAGAGAGGAUGGGAAGAACUGUAAGUUGGGUUGCAGUGUAGAGGAGCUAAAUAUUAUUAUUGCUGUUCCUCAAAGUGAAGAUCUGUUGCCAUAAUGUCAAAACGGCUUAGCUCUGUGAAUUAUAAAAAGGUAAUUAUUUAGCAUACACACAGAUUGCAGCUGGAUUGUGAGCUGUGGUUAUGCUGUUGCUUUUUGGUUUAAUCAGUAAUCAUGUUUUUAAUGCAGCAAGUAGCAUUUCAGUAAGUCUGUAUAAUUCUGUAACCCAUAAUUAUCACUCUGUAAUAACCAUGUAAUGCUUUCACUGAACUUUGAACUUGUCAAUCGCUAUGGGACAACCUGGACUCAUUUGAGAACUGAUGCACACA